AUGGCUCAGCGUGUGACUUACAGAAGACAGACUCCAUACAACACCAGAUCCAACAAGAUCAAGGUCGUCAAGACCCCAGGUGGAAAGUUGGUUGCCCAGCACGUCAAGAAGCAGGCCUCUAAGGUCAAGUGCGGAGACUGUGGUAUUGCUUUGCCAGGUGUCUCUUCUUUGAGACCAAGACAGUACGCUUCGGUCUCUAAGACCCACAAGACCGUCCAGAGAGCCUACGGUGGUUCCAGAUGUGCCAACUGUGUCAAGGAGAGAAUCGUCAGAGCUUUCUUGAUUGAGGAGCAGAAGAUUGUCAAGAGAGUGUUGAAGGACCAGCAGGAGAAGGAGAAGAAGGCUUCCAAGUAA